AUGGGAGGGAAUGACGAGGAGGACCCCAGGGCCUCUGAACCUGUCACCGCAGCCGAGGUGGAUAUCGCAAGCGAUGGGAGCGUAGUGGGAGGGCCAGAUGAGGCUGAUGUAGCGGGUUUGAUCGAGGAAACGAAGGAUGAGGAGGGCGAGACAGCGGUUGCAUCAUCAACGGAGUCUUCUUCUUCUUCUCCGACGGGCGGCGACGGAGGACGCAAGAGGAAGGGACUUCACGUAGGGGUCUGGCUAGCCAUCGGUGCCGGCGUUGCUGUCGGGGCUGCCCUCCCUGUGGUCGCGACGCCGCUGAGGCCACCCCAGGAAGCGUCGCUUGACAAAAUACAACGAGGAUGCGAUUGCCCCAAGUAA